AUGAAGCCCACUGUUGUGGCUCAGGAUGAAAUGUUUCCUGAUGGAGAUGCUGGUUGGAUGGAGAUGGAUGAGGUAACGACCGUUUUGUAUAAAGCUUUGUAGUUUGUGACUGACAGCCUCGUCUGCUAGGUACUGACUCUGCUUCAAUUGUUAGCAUUUUAUCACGAAAGACAUUGUCUUUAGUUCAGUUUUUAUUUCUUCCUAGGCGGCAUCAGGUGGGGGAAUGAUGAUUGAAUUAGCAGCGAAUGAAAGAGCAGUUCAUGGUGACUUUUUCAACAGUAAGUGUCUUCUCCACAGAGCUGUCAACUCUCCCGGAUAAUCUUGGAGACUCUAGAUUUUAAACCGUUUCUCCCGGUCUCCAGAUAUUCUGAAAUCUCCCGGAUAAUCGCUGAAGUUUGCCAUUUCUUGUAGAUUCGACUCUUUGACAAUGAAAUUUCAAAUAUUUUGCGUUGUUUGAGCUAUUUUUCUGUUAACAUUGAACGUUUCCUCACAAACCCCAGGUAUGCCAUUGUAAUAUAAGCAGUAAUGUGAUUGGUGGGAAGUAAACCAAUUAGUUUCUGGUCAAAUGUUACAAUUAAAACAACAUCUUUUUUGUGCGUUUUUUUUUUUUUUUCAAAAAAUGAUGUCAGGUACCCUGCAUUAUGACAUCAUCUAUCACCCACUCCCCAUCAAUUCUCAAUAUUUGAAGAUGUGGGGGGUUGACAGCCCUGUCUCCGGGAGAUGGGGAGGUGGGGGUGUGUGAAAGAGAUGGGGAUGCUCCUCAGGAAUUGGGAAUAAAAGCCCCUAAAGGAGACUAGUAUGGACCUUACAUGUAGAUAUUUCUUUAUGCACUACCCUAAGCAAUACCCUUGCAAGUGAGACCACAAUCUCCAAUUUCUCUGAGACAAGGAAAAUCCCCAUCACUUUUAAAUGAGAUCCCCCCCCCCCCUCCGCCCUUUUCCAGGCUUUGUCCAUUUCCAUUCUUGUAAUUUGCAUUAUCAAUACAAGUCCACAAAUGCAGUAGCCUGUUCCAGGCAUUCAGACAGUAGGGUGAAGAGUUCAGAUGGUGGGGAGUGAGUUUAAUCGUAUGUGGGGAAAACGAGGAGAAAAAAUGAGGGGAGAAUGGGGCGAGAGGGAGGGAACGCCUGUAAACAUUCUUAACAAAAAUUGUUCCAGUAUACUGGAUGCCAGUACCCUCUUAUUAGUGGAUUAUGACACCUUCUGUUUUAACAGAAGGUGUUAAACACCUAAACACUGGUGAUGUUGAUGACGAAUGCGUCAUGGAGGAGAAGAGACAUUUGCUAUCGAAUCACGCAGAUAUUAGCCUGCAUAGCAAGUGAUGGUUAUAAUAAUAAUAAUUAUUAAUAUAAUUUUUACAGGUCGUGCACACGUCCUCACGAUUUCUUCCUUUGCCCUAAAAAAAAACCGGCACAGGCUACGUGGAUAUCGAAGCAAUAAAUAACCAACGCAAUCAAGCAUUUCCUCCACACCAAAUCUUUUCCUCUCAUUAUGAGCAGAAAAUUUGCUUGGAGAAUCUCAUUUGACGCAGCUUUUCAAAUCUUUCCAUGAAUAAUGGACAUAAUUAAAGGAAAAGUAAUUUGGCUGGUUUUUAAACCGCAAGAAAAAGCAUAUGGCUUUAACAGCGGUCAAAGAAAAUCAGUACUUAACUGCAUCUGGGAUCAAAUCCUGUCAGAAGUAAACCGCAGGAAAUAAUUUCUCAAUAUGCAUGAAAUAAAUCAGCUUCAUGACCUCUUAAUGUUAGACUCAGAGCAGCAGAAAUUAGAUUUGCUCCAUCAAAAGAAGGAAAACCUCUGCUACUGUUUGUUAAAAGCUAACUCUAAGGUCACAUUUCUCACUGUGACGAGCUUAUGAGUUGUGCUUAGCCUGUCAAUACUUUAUUUGAUUCACAAUUCACUUCAUGUUCCAGUUACGUGGUUGACAGCCAGUUAGGGGCAGAAAAAGCCCUGUAAGGGUAUCUUUACAGGUAUUCCCUCCCCUUUUCCGUUUCUAGUCUCUCCUCGUGUAUUUUUUCCCCUCAUCAAUUUUUCGCCUGCACUCUUCCAUCUGAACACCUGGAUCAGGCUAUAAAUGCAGUGAAAGCCCAUUAUUAUAUAACCUCAUUUAGGCCAUGACUUCAGUCGACUCCUGAUAACUCAAACCUUCUAGGGAAAUUUAAAAAAGUUCUAGUUUAUCGGGAGUUUGAAGCAAAUAACUUGAAAUAAGCAAAUAAGCAAGUGGAUUGGGAGGGAAUGCAAUUAAGCAACAAAGUAUACAGGGAUGGACACUGAAACUUUUGAACUGGGGUGACAAAAAAGUAAAGACAAAGAAAUGACACAGUUAUUUUGAAAUAAAUUCAAUGUCACAGACUUCAGUACACGGUUUUUUUUUUCCUACUUGUCACGUGCUGGUUCAAGUUUGUUAUUGAGGGUAAAAUUAUCUAGAAAUGAUCUGAAGGGAAACAAAAAUUAUUUUGAGUUAGCAUGAGCUUCAAGUUAUCGAGGGUUUGAGUUAACGAGGGUAAAAUAACAGUAAAUGUAUGAAGGAAAUCAGGGGAAAUCGACUUUCUUUUGAGUUGGCAUGGGUUCAAGUUAUCAGGAGUCGACUGUAUUUGGUUGUAAUAAUGCAGUGGUCUUGAAAUUGGGACUGUAUACUUACACAUCCAACUAUUUGCUGCUGCUGUAUCAUCGAAGAUUAGGAAAUCUGGCCCUCUGUCUAUCACUUUUUAAGGUUUAGCAAAUCCCAGCAUGGAGUUCACACUGGUACAACUAUUUUCCACUAAAAAGCCAUAUUUUCCUGCAAAAAGGUUGCAGUCAGUAAGUUGUAUUAUUUUUCUUUCUUUUUUUUUUCUUUUUGAACAGAUUUUGAUGACCUUUUUGAUGAUGAUGAUCUGCAGUGA